CUGCCACUAUAAUCUGGUAUUCAAGAGAACCAGACGGCUCAGCAGCAGCAUCGCUUUCUAUACCUCCGCACACUCGGCACCACCACACACAUCCUCGCCUUUUUCUUUUGGCUUCGCACAAGCCGUCUGGCUCUGACUGAUUGUCGGGUUUUGGAGUCUGAUAGCACAUCUAGAGCGCGCUGCCAAGCUCCAUCACGACGCAUCAAUAAACCGUCAUGGCUUCCUCUUCCUCCCUGAGCGUCCCUCUCGCUCGAAGUGCCCGUCCCAUCUGCCACGCUCUUUCUCGAUCGCGGGCCGCCUUCAGCACUUCAGCACCCGACCUGAUCACGGGCAAAGGAGUGGGAGGUCGGAUGACGAAAGGACGCAGGGAUGAUAGCAACAAGGGCUUCGAAUUGGAAAAGAUGGGAACUUUUGAAUAUGACGAUCUGCCUUCUGGUGGGCAUGCUGUUGUCCAAAGACAGAGGGAACUUCUCAAGUACUACAGAUUGGCUGAACACGAAAUGCCCAAAUUGACCGGCUUUGCGAAAUCAUACGAGCCCCCAAAAGACGAGGAAGUGAUCCAAGCUCGUUCGUUGCACUAUCAAGGCCAGAUUCAUCCCGCCGGUCGUAAAGUGGUAGUCACAUCGCGCAUCUCCAAGCUCUUGUCGUCGGGAGCGUUGCAUUCGACCCAAGCGGCGCACAAGUUGAAAUUGCUCGCAUCGACGCAUUUCAAGCCGGACGACCCCAUCGAUGCGUUUGCGCUCAAGUCUUCGAUGUUGAAUGCGAAUGCCAAAACUGAACGGGGGACAACGAGGAACGAGGAUGGGGUGAUCAAGAUCUCGUGCGAACGAUUUCCCCAAGAAAGCCAGAACUUGAGAUGGGCUGCAGAGAGAGUGCAGCUCCUCUGCGAAGAGGCCAAUCGUAAUCCUGACGAAUACGCAUCAGUCCCGUUGGAUCCGAGGCAGCACCUCUCCAAGGCUGUCAAGAAGGGGGGAAUGCCAACGAGCAAAAGGGUCACCAUCAAGGAUUUCCCUCAACACUGGCUCUGAGCCGCAUCGACACGCCACUGCAAAUUUGCAUCAUGCUUAAACGUCUAGGACAGCUCUUCUUUGCGUUUAGUCUGGACUGAGACGAACAGGCGAAUCGCGAGACUCGAACGUAUCGUUGUAUUGCUCAGGGAAAGGCGCAGGGCAGAGUGCUUAGCUAGGAAAACCACUAGUGGAACAAUGUGACAGUGACAUGUGGUGCAAAGUGAGCAGGGGCGAGGCGAGACGAGGCGGGUCGAAGCUGACUGAUUUUGGGGCAGAGCAUCCAUGCGAGCAAAGAAGGUAACAGGACGCAUGAAGUAGCC